UUCAAACUGCUGUCCUUCCCCAUGUCAAACAAUAACGGACUUCAUUUUAUGAGUGUUGUGUAAAGUGUUAAGUUUUUAAAAAAAGCCACAAAAAUGUCAUUCAGAGAAGAAAACGUUGAUAUUAUGGCCGAGAAUUUUCUCAAAUCGGUCAAAAUUCCAUCAGAACUCAAAAAACCGACUACAAAUCUCGUGAAAAAAAUGAUGUCUCAUGACUGUUAUGCGAACCCUGAUUACGAAUGGUCAUUGAAUGACUUUGAAUUGGGCAGAAGAUUAGGUCGAGGUAAAUUUGGUCGUGUCUUUAUCGCUAGGGAGAAAAAAACUGGCUUGAUUGUCGCACUAAAGACACUCCUAAAAAAAGAAAUUGUCGAGGGCGGUGUGGAAAAGCAGAUUUUGCGCGAAAUUGAAAUUCAAUCACAUCUCAAGCAUCCCAAUAUUUUGCAACUCCUUUGCUGGUUCCAUGACAGUCACCGCAUUUACUUGGCCGUUGAUUAUGCCGGUAAAGGCGAACUCUACAAGCAUCUUCAAGCAGGCAUGGGCGGGCAUUUCACUGAAAAAGAAGCCGCCAAAUACACGUAUCAAGUAGCAGACGCUGUAAAUUACUGCCACAAAAAAUGUGUUAUUCACCGAGAUAUUAAACCGGAAAAUUUACUCUUAACAUAUGAAGGAAACGUAAAAUUGGCCGAUUUUGGAUGGUCGGUCCAUUCGCCGUCGUUACAACGCGAUACAAUGUGCGGAACUUUAGAUUAUCUUCCUCCGGAAAUGGUCGAACAUAGGCGAUAUGGGAAAUACGUGGAUCAUUGGUGUUUAGGUGUGCUUUGUUAUGAAUUUUUGGUCGGACAUCCGCCAUUUGAAUCGAAGACAAGUGAGGAAACGUACCAUAAAAUCCGACACGUGGAUCUGAAAUUUCCAGAAGAUGUGCCAAGUGGGGCCAGGGAUUUGAUAUCCAAGCUCUUGACACGGUCCAGCCACAAGAGGAUGUCUUUAAACGAUGUGAUGUGCCAUCCCUGGAUUUUUCGUAACAAAUAGUGUUUUGUAAUAUUUCAUUUAAUUAAACUUUAUGCUUUUUCCCUUGUCUGUAUUAAAAGUUAUUUCAGUAA